GAGAAGAUGUUUAAAUUUUAUCAAAUGAAAUAUAUUUUUCAAAUACUAGAUAAAAUGAGAUGCUUGCGAAAACGUUCUACAGUGUCUUUCUUGGGUGUUCUUGUCGUUUGCCUUCUCUUCAUGAACUUGUACAUUGAAGACAGCUAUGUUCUGGAAGGCGACAAACAACUCAUAAGGGAAACAUCCACACAUCAACUUAAUUCUGAACGCUAUGUUCACACAUUCAAGGAUUUAUCCAACUUCUCAGGAACCAUAAAUGUCACCUAUCGCUACCUAGCUGCCACACCUUUACAGAGAAAAAGGUAUCUCACAAUUGGUCUUUCAUCAGUGAAACGGAGAAAAGGAAACUAUUUACUUGAGACAAUAAAGUCAAUCUUUGAACAGUCCAGCUAUGAAGAACUAAAGGAAAUUUCAGUAGUGGUGCAUCUAGCAGACUUUAAUUCAUCCUGGCGUGAUGCCAUGGUCCAAGACAUUAUGCAGAAAUUUGCCCAUCACAUCAUUGCAGGAAGAUUAAUGGUUAUUCAUGCUCCUGAAGAAUAUUAUCCAGUUCUGGAUGGUCUUAAAAGAAAUUACAAUGACCCAGAGGAUAGAGUCAGAUUUCGCUCCAAGCAGAAUGUAGACUAUGCUUUUCUUCUGAAUUUUUGUGCCAAUACUUCAGACUAUUACGUCAUGCUUGAAGAUGAUGUCCGGUGUUCCAAAAAUUUCUUAACCGCCAUCAAGAAAGUCAUCGCAUCGUUAGAAGGAACAUACUGGGUAACUCUUGAGUUCUCAAAACUGGGCUACAUCGGUAAACUCUAUCAUUCUCAUGAUCUCCCACGUCUGGCCCACUUUUUAUUAAUGUUUUAUCAAGAAAUGCCUUGCGAUUGGCUAUUGACUCAUUUUCGAGGUCUCUUGGCUCAGAAAAAUGUGAUCCGAUUUAAACCUUCUCUCUUUCAGCACAUGGGCUAUUAUUCAUCCUAUAAAGGAACUGAGAAUAAACUCAAGGACGAUGACUUUGAAGAGGAGUCAUUCGACAUCCCUGAUAAUCCCCCAGCCAGCCUCUACACCAAUAUGAAUGUCUUUGAAAACUAUGACGCAAGCAAGGCUUACAGCAGUGUUGAUGAGUACUUCUGGGGAAAGCCACCUUCCAUGGGAGAUACAUUUGUGAUUGUAUUUGAAAAUCCAAUUACGAUUAAAAAAAUUAAAGUGAAUACAGGAACAGAAGAUCGACAGAACGACAUUUUGCAUCAUGGAGCUCUAGAUGUUGGGAAAAAACUUAUAUUAAAGAAACAAAUAAGACAAUGUGAUACUUACUUAAAACUGGGGGAUUUCAAACACGGAAACUUUGAAAUGUCAGAGGUGAAUCAAAAAAUUCCAUUUGACAUACAUUGCAUAAGGAUAUGCGUUACCAAAACCCAAAAAGAAUGGCUGAUAAUUCGGAGCAUCAGCAUUUGGACUUCCUAG